UCUCCAUCGACUAAAUCACACGCGCAGACACACACGGUGGCCGGCGAGCAGUAGCAGCGGCGCCCACCCAUUGCCCUCUCUCUAUUUUCUCUUAAAGAAAAAUCACGCGUACAGUCACUCUUUCUGCUCAUUCAACAGCGUAGAUUUUUUCAACCAGCUCGCACUUUACGCAGUGGAGCUCAAAUGCACGCUGCUGAAGUAUUCAAUUUGAUAAAUGUAUAAAGCACUUGGCAAGCAACGACUCGUAUACCGUUCUCUCAUUGCAAGCUACGUCAAAACCGGUCUUGUUGAUCAGGCAAUCCAAGUGUUCGACCAAAUGUCUCACUCAGACUGCAGAAUAUUCUCUGUGGACUACAAUCGGUUCCUGGGCGUCCUGAUAAAGUACCGGCGUCUUGAGCUCUCCGAGUACUACUAUUACUCGAUGAAACCAAAAGGGUUUUCUCUAAAUUCCUUUACUUACUCGAGAUUCAUCUCGGGGUUGUGUGAAGUUAGAAACUUUGGGCUUGUCCUUAGGCUUUUUGAAGACAUGGAUAGCCUGUGUAUCGUGCCUGAUAUAUGGGCUUAUAAUAUCUAUUUGAAUCUUCUAUGCAGUGAGAAAUUAGUGGAUGAGGCUUUGAAAGUGAUCAGAAUAAUGGGAGAAAAGGGGCGUGAGCCUGAUGUAGUGAGCUACACAAUUAUCAUUAGCGGGUUAUUUAGAGUUAAUCGGCAUGUUGAGGCUGUUGAAAUGUGGAAGCAUAUGAUCAAGAAAGGUCAUAACCCAGAUGACAAUGCUUACAGGGCACUUGUUCUUGGGUUAUGUGAUUGUGGAAAAGUUGAUUUGGCUUAUGAGCUCACCUUCGGGGACAUGAGGGGAAAGGUAAGUUUUAGUGUCUCAAUUUGUAAUGUUCUCAUACAUGGGUUCUGUCGGCUAGGUAGAAUUGAUAAGGCACUUGCGAUUAAGAAUUUUAUGAGGAGAAAUGGUUGUGAACCUGAUUUGAUAACACACAAUGUGUUGUUGAACUAUUGUUGCAAUGCGCUAAUGUUAGAUGAGGCCGAGAAAUUGUUGUUGAAAAUGGAGAGAAGUGGGCUGCAGCCUGAUACUUACAGCUAUAAUGAGCUUCUAAAGGGUCUCUGCAAAACUAAUAGAGUAGAUAAGGCUUAUAUUUUCUUAGUUAACACAAUGAGGGCUAAAGGGCUUGCUGAUGUUGUAUCUUACAAUACGAUCAUUAGUGCUCUUUGCAAAGCUGGUCGUGCCAGGGAUGCUUAUGAUCUCUUGGGGGAGAUGGGCAGGAAAGGCAUUGUUCCAGAUGUGGUAACAUUCACGAUCCUCAUAGAUGCUUUCCUGAAAGGUGGAAACUCAGUUUUAGCCAAUGACAUUCUUGACCAAAUGACCAAGAUGAGUCUAUUUCCGAGUCUUGAGUUGUACACAACCAUUAUUGACCAUUUAUGCAAGACAGGUCAAAUUGGUGUGGCUCAUAGUAUUUUUCGUGAUGUUAUGGAGCAGAAUAUUGGCCCGGAUGUGGUAUGCUAUAAUGCACUGAUAAGUGGAUAUUGCAAUGCUUCUCGAGUUAGUGAAGCCCUGCAUCUUUUUGAGGAAAUGAAAACUAGAAGAGUUGAUCCGGAUGAAGUGACUUUCAAAUUGAUCAUUAAAGGUCUCAUAAAGGAAAAUAAGCUUUCUUUGGCUUGCGGAAUCUGGGAUCAAAUGAUGGACACGGGAUUUACACUUGAUAGUUAUUUGUCUGAGACAUUAAUUAAUGCCAUCAAUACUAAAGGGGUCUCAUGAGAUAGAGCCUAUACAUAUUUCCUGGAGAAUAGAGUGUUGAAGCAGAAAUGUCCACUCUUCCGGGUGGUUAGGUGUGGCUGCCACUUGCUUAAUGUUUUGACACUACCAAAGUUUGUUCUCAGUGGCCUUCCUGAUGAAGUGUAGGGCCUCUUUCUGUGUCCUUGUCCUUGAAUGCAGGUGAAGAAGAGUUUUUUGUUUAAUGCUUUUUUACAAUUUUUUCCCAAAUUUAUUUAGAUUAUUUUCACUUAACUUUUACCUACUAAUUGAAUACUACUUUGUGCUUGGUAUUGCCACCUUGAACUAUGCUGAGUUCAAAGGAUUCCUUAUAUCACCAACUAGUGAGUUUACUGGACUUGUUCUUCUUAUUCCUUGCACUACUUGAAAAGCACAAAUUUGAACCAGGCAGAACCAACGAGCAUAGUGGGGUCUUGAAAAAAAAUACAAUUUGUAGCCAACUCUUGUGGAAUCAUGCGCUGCUUUCAGUGGAGAUCAAGAGGUUUUAAUGAGGUUCAAAUAUCACGAAAAUUCAAUAGCUAUCUCUAGAUAUGUCUUGGGAGCUGCAGCCAGCAAAAGGAUGCAAAAAUCACGAGAAAUUAAACACGUAAUGUUAAAAUGGGUAAGGUGAUUAACCAUUUUUAAACCAGGAGCAUUGACUAGCUAUGCAGCAGUGAAUGGGUGUGAAGGUAUAGGAAAUGCUAAAUAUACCAUCAGAAGUCAGAGAUUAUACUAUGAAAAGAUAAGCUACAACAGUUAAGUACACAUUUGGCUUUGCAUAUGAAACUGCUGAAGGCUAACACGAGGGUGAACAAGGAGACAAUGUACAAUUUAAGGUGGGAAAGAGAUUUUCUAAUUGGAGGAGAGUUUAAGGAGAUACCUGCUAGAAAACGAAGCCAAUAUUAUAGAUGACUCGUCUGGAUCACACUAGGCAAUCUGAACAAUGUUUACAAAAAGAUGCUAGGCUGCCUUGGGUUUUCAACAUUGGUUAAGCCUGAAGGCCCUUAGCACCAAGCACACCACCAGUGACUGUUACAAUGUUUGGAUGAAUAUAUGAAAAUGGGAGGAAAAUUUUCGAGACAAAAGGUAAUUAGGUCUGUUGUAUUCUUAUAUGAAAAUGGGAGGGUAUACUGCUAGAACUGAGAGAAUGGCUGUCUAAAGGGCCAGACUUGGGGUGGCAGAAGGUGGAGUUAUUGCAGAGAGAGAGUAUUUCAAAAUCCUAUCAAAAGGUGAUAUUGCUUUCUGGGAUGUUGCGGUGUUAGCUGAAGAUAUUUGCUCUCUUUUAGCUUUGCUUGCUUCGUGUACUAUUAUGGAUUGUUGUUAGACUUCUUGUUACUUCUUUGUGUUUUUCUUAGGAGUGUUCUGUGUAAUCAGGGGGCGGAUGUAAGUAUGCCAUAGGGGGCUAUUGUCCUCCACACUUUUAAUUUUUUUUACUAUAUAUAUAAAGACAUUUUGCCA